AUUCGUUCAUUCAUUCAGUUCAUUCGUCUGUCAACCGUCUGGUGGGUGCGUUGCCGCCGCUAUCCCAGUCCCAGUCGCAGUAGCAGUCACCGUCGCAGUCACCGUCUCAGUCGCAGUCACUCAACCGCCCGAUGCUAGGUGUUCGCUGCUGGCAUUCGCAGUCGCAUGCUGAGAGGAAAUAGGCGCGUUUUCCCAGCUUCCCAGCAGAGCAGUGAGAUUCGGCCUCCUGACGGGGCGUCCAGGAGCACACCAGGAGAAGCGACAUCAGAUUAAUGAUUAUUGUCCGCGAUUACAAGCGCAUUGAUUGCUUACAGCGCGAGCAGAGCGUACAACGUUCCAGGAGGAAUAACAUCGAACAACAAUAUAUGAAUUAGUGGAGACGCAGAGCCGAAAGCGAAAAAAAACUAAAAAUAAUUUGAAGCCAAAGAAAUGUUAAAAAUAAAACCAAAAGAAAUCAACGAUUUUUCGGUGGCAGCAACACAAGGCGGCCACCGCAGCAGCACAAACAGCAACAACAGCAGCAGCAGCCGCAGUAAAAAAUAUGAACAGAAUUAAAAAGCAGCCGCUCGGAGCUGGAAUAGAAAAAAAGCCAAUCAACGAACAGCUACAGGAACUACGGAUACAAAUACAAAAAAUAACAGAAGCCUCACCAGUAAAUAGCCAAAAGUCCAUCCGCUGAAGUACCAACAACAACACAGCCCCAGAAGAGGCAGCGACAAGCAGCGACAGCGGCGAGGCCAUCAGAAAAGUGUGGGCGUCGUUUCGCUGGCAAGGACAGCGCCGUGGACGUGGACGUGGACGCUGACGUCGGCCGAGGCAGAGACGGAGGCAGAAGCAGAAGCAGAACCAGCAGUAGCAGCAGCAGCAGCCACACGGUACGGGCCACUUUCGCGAAUCAAUUUCCGUUGCGGUGGCCGUUUCAGUUUUGGUUUCAACGUCGCCGGCGCUACGCGUGUCGUGAAUUUCAAAUGGCGGUCGCCUUGGUCGUUGUCGUUGGUAUUGGUGUUAGUGUUGCGAGUCCGGAGUGUUAACGCUCUCCCUCUGAACCAGAGGAGCGCCCCAAAACAAAAAAGAAACACAGUUACGAGUGUGAACAAAAUAGAGAAAAAUAAGAGCAAGAAAAUAGCCAAGACAUUCAAGACCCAUGGUGUUGUGCUCCGAACUCGGCCCAGAGCCGCGACGGCGUUGUGCCACAAAAAGGAUACGCAGAAGACAGGGAUGCUGCUGCGAAAAGCGGCCGCAGGUGGCCCUCGAGGAGCCACAACACAGCCAUAGUUAUAGCCAAAGUCAUAGCCAAACCCAAACCCAUAACCAUAACCAAAACCAAAGUCAUAGUCAAAGCCAAAGUCUUAGUCUGGCGCGGAUCACAGCGGCAGCCCUGACAGCGGCGGCCAUGUUGCAUACAACGAACGCCCUGGCCACCGGCUCCCUGGGCUCCUCAGCCUCGGCAACCGCUGCACUGCCUCUACACGGCACUGCCACGCCCACCGCCACGCCCGCUACGCACGAACUAAACGCCUCACUGCUGAGCAGCACGACGGCGGCAGGACUGCUUUCGAACGACUCCCUGGACGCCGGUGGCAUCGGCCAGGACGCUGGCCAGGACUGGCUGGACGAGAUCUUUUGGGCGCUCAAGGCCUUCGUCAUGCUGUUCAUCAUCAUUGCAGCCAUUUGUGGCAAUCUGCUUGUUAUUAUUUCUGUGAUGCGUGUUAGAAAAUUAAGAGUUAUAACGAAUUACUUUGUAGUUUCCUUAGCCAUGGCUGAUAUAAUGGUCGCUAUUAUGGCCAUGACAUUUAACUUUAGUGUGCAAGUAACUGGGCGCUGGAACUUCAGCCCCUUCCUGUGCGAUUUGUGGAACAGUCUCGACGUCUACUUCUCAACAGCGAGCAUUUUGCAUUUAUGCUGCAUAUCUGUGGAUAGAUACUAUGCGAUUGUUAAGCCGCUCAAGUAUCCGAUUAGCAUGACGAAACGCGUGGUCGGCAUUAUGCUGCUGAACACCUGGGUGUCGCCCGCGCUGCUCUCGUUCCUGCCCAUCUUCAUCGGCUGGUACACCACCGAGGAGCACAAGGUGUUCGUCAUCCAGCACCCGGAACAGUGCAUGUUCGUGGUCAACCAAUAUUACGCCAUCAUCUCGAGCUCGAUUUCGUUCUGGAUCCCCUGCACGAUUAUGAUAUUCACAUACUUUGCCAUCUUCCGGGAGGCCAACCGCCAGGAGAAGCAGCUGAUGAUGCGCCACGGAAACGCCAUGCUGAUGCACCGACCUUCCAUGCAGCCGUCGGGCGAGGCGAUGAGCGGCUCUGGGUCCUCGAAAACGUUGACACUACACGAGGUCGAGCAGGAGCACACCCCCACUAAGGACAAGCACUUAAUCAAAAUGAAGCGGGAGCACAAGGCCGCACGCACGCUGGGCAUCAUCAUGGGCACCUUCAUCCUCUGCUGGCUGCCAUUCUUUCUUUGGUACACCCUCUCCAUGACAUGCGCCGUGUGCCAGGUGCCCGAUAUCGUCGUCUCGAUCCUGUUCUGGAUCGGCUACUUCAACUCCACGCUGAAUCCCCUGAUCUACGCGUACUUCAACAGGGACUUCCGGGAGGCGUUCCGCAACACGCUGCUCUGCCUGUUCUGCAACUGGUGGAAGGACCGCCACCUGCCCCUGGACAUCGACAUCCGACGCUCCAGCCUGCGCUACGACCAGCGGGCCAAGAGCGUCUACUCGGAGAGCUAUCUGAACUCGACCACCCCCUCGCACCGCCGCCAGUCGCAGAUGGUCGACAACUUAUAAUACAGGGACGAGGCGCUGCUGACGCCGAUUGCCCAGCAGAGGCAGCGUCUGGCGGCCGGAGGAGACACCCCGGCCCGACUGGGGGUCACCGGGUGCUCCCAGGCAGGCGGCACUGGAGGCGGGUCGGCGUCCACAACGACGACAGCAGCCGGCAAGAGCAAUAAAUCGAAUCUCGAUGGCGACGAUGUGCAGGAGAUACAAAUCGAAAUACCCAUGGAGUACAUCAACAAAUGGAACAAGAACAACAACGCCGCCGCCUCGACGGCCUCGAGUCAUGUGUAAAUGGAUGAGGGAGCCGUGGGCGGGGAGCCUGGAGCCGGGAGCCGGGAGGGGAAUCAAUUUAAUGCAAUUAAAAUGUUCCAUUAAUUUGUAAAAUUAAUAUGCCGGCUCAUGCGUCGGCUGAUUUACUCGUAAUGUUGACAUUAAUCAAUCAAUCGCUGGAGCGUGCCCCGCUGCACUUGUUUUGUUUCAUUAUUAUUUCCGUUUUUCUGUUUUAUAAGCUUUAUUCACGUUUUUAAUUUCAGUUCACGCUUUCGAGCCGAGCUAAGAACAGGCCCCUAGAAUGUAAUUAUUUAUUUAUGCUUUCGUGUUGUAAAUACUGAGUAUUUUUGUACGACUAAAUUAAGCACAGGUUGUAAACUCAUUUCUACAUGUAUGCCAAGCGGAAAAUUGUAAAGCAUUUUGAUCGCAAAAAGCAAAAAAAUAAUGAAAAAAAAAAUGAACAAAAAAUAUACAUAAUUAAAAUGGCAA